AUGUCCGGUCCUCGGCCCGUCUCGAGCGAGGCUCCUUGGCGGCGUUGGCCGCUGCAUCCGUGGUUGCUGUCCGCCGUCCCAGACGACGGUCGGCGAGGGCAGGGUGCAGGGUGCAGGGUGAACGGUGCAGGAGAGUGCAUGGUGGCAGGCGACCAUGUCUUACGCACCGUGGCAUCGACGCAGAUGCAGAUGGCGCUUUGGGCGAGCGCUUCCCCUUCUCGCAUCUGGCCUUUGCUUCUCGCGCUCAUUAGCGAGGCGAAGCACAAAGCGCAUCCUAAGCUCGAUGGCGAGGCGCUUGUCGUUGUCGAGCCGACGUCAGCCGACGCGUUCCGCUUUGACGGUUCCUCUUUCGCACCCUAUCUCUCCUCGACCGCAUUGGCCACAGGAGCCCCUUGCGGCGAAGCCCCGACCUGGCUUCUUCGGCCAUCUGCAAUUAAUCCGCGAGCUGAAAUUUGCACGGCGCCGGUCUACAAUUUCGCGAUUCUGGCUGGGCCGAGCAUCGAGUCGAGGCGCCGGGCUCGCGAUUCGGCUGGUCCGAAGAUCAAGGAGGAUGAAGUCCGGGAGCGUGACCGUAUGUGGCGCGCCUGGGGCCAAGGGGCGGGCAAGCUCCGCCGAAUCGGCGUCAAAGACACGCAAGUGGCUCGACGGCUUUUCAUGCGAGCUGCGUCCAGGCAGGGUGACCAGACGCGUGCAGCGGUGCAGCAGCAGCCGCCCAGCUCGGCUGAUCGCUGCAACCCACCAGCCACGCUAAGGGUCGCCACUCCUCCCAAGGCCGAAAAGCCCUGA